UGUGUGUUUUAUAUUAUGCGUGCUGCUUUUCUGAACAGAGGCUGCCCUGUAUAAGGCUGAAAGCUGUAGUGGUCACACAGGCGACUGGCUAGACUAGACGCAGUUUAUUUUCCAUGGGUCUCAGAAACGUGUGUCUGUUGGGGGGAGGUGUCUAAACUUUGGAAAAAUGACCCAGCGUAAUGUAAUACUCAUUGUUUGGUUUCGUUAACAAUGUGGAUUUGUUGGUGCUCACCUGACAAGGCAUUUGAGUUUCCACAGAGAAGAGUGUCUGUUGGUGAAGCUUGGCAAUGGGGGACUUCCAGCAGUUUGAUGGGGACUUCUAUCAGACAGGCUACUACGUAGACGACCAGGGGGGUUACGGGUACGAUUCCAACUAUGCCCCAGAGUACCAGGAGGGCUCCACAGAGGGUUUGAGUGGCCCCGCUGCGGAUGCAGCUUAUACAGGACAGGUACCGCGCCAGGUGCCAGGUGCAGGGGUAGCACCAGGGCCCAUGGAGUACACAGCAACAGGAGACGGCUUUGAGGAAGAGCCCCCCCUUCUGGAGGAGCUUGGCAUUAACUUUGACCACAUCUGGCAGAAGACCCUAACAGUGCUGGACCCUCUGAAGGAGGUGGACGGCAGUAUCAUGAAUGAGACCGACCUGACGGGGCCUGUGCUCUUCUGCAUCGCCCUGGGAGCCAUGCUGCUCAUGAAUGGCAAGUCUCACUUUGGCUACGUGUAUGGCAUCAGUGCAGUGGGCUGCGUGGGCAUGUACAUGCUGCUGAACAUGAUGAGCCUGUACUCCGUGUCCUGUGGCUGCGUGGCCAGUGUCCUGGGCUACUGUCUUCUCCCCAUGGUCGGCCUAUCAGCAUUCACCAUCAUCUCCUCCCUACAGGGGAUGCUGGGCAUGCUCUUUGCCUCGUUUGUGAUUGGUUGGUGCAGUCACUCCGCCUCCAGGAUCUUCAGCACCACUCUGGGAUUGGCAGGUCAGCAGCUGCUGGUGGCCUAUCCGUGCGCUCUGCUGUACGGGGUCUUCGCCCUGCUCUCUGUCUUCUGACCUAUCGCAGCGCUCCCCUGCCCAUUCAUUCACCCGUUGGUAUUAUGCAAGAGACUGCUGAGUCCGGCUGACCCGAGUGUGACCCAUCGCAAGACAGCAGACUUGUUUAUCUUCCUUUGUUGUAAAUAUAAUCCCAUUUUGAUAAAUGUGUUAUGAAACGCUGAAUAAAACAUGAUGAAAAACAA